GGGGAGGGGGCCCCCAUGCUCGCCUGGGACUCCCAGCUUCCCGCCGGGGGCUUCCAGAAAAUUCGUCUCCCUGCCCCCACCUCACCCCCAACUCCAGCUCCGGACGGAGAUCCCGGGACCCUGGACACCACCAUGCCACCCUACACUGUCGUCUACUUCCCUGUUCGAGGGCGCUGCGAGGCCAUGCGCAUGCUGCUGGCCGACCAGGGCCAGACCUGGAAGGAGGAAGUGGUGACGAUGGACGCCUGGCGGCAGGGCCCUCUCAAGGCCUCCUGUCUGUACGGGCAGCUCCCCAAGUUCCAGGACGGAGACCUCACCUUGUACCAGUCCAAUGCCAUCCUGCGGCACCUGGGCCGCUCCCUGGGGCUGUAUGGGAAGGACCAGCGCGAGGCAGCCCUAGUGGACGUGGUGAAUGACGGCGUGGAGGACCUCCGCUGCAAGUACGUCACCCUCAUCUACACCAACUACGAGGCUGGCAAAGCGGACUAUGUGAAGGCACUGCCUGGACACCUCAAGCCUUUUGAGACCCUGCUGUCCCAGAACCAGGGGGGCCAGGCUUUCAUCGUGGGCGACCAGAUCUCCUUCGCCGACUACAACCUGCUGGACUUGCUGCUGAUUCACCAGGUCCUGGCCCCCGGCUGCCUGGACGCAUUCCCCCUGCUCUCAGCCUACGUGGCCCGUCUCAGCGCCCGGCCCAAGCUCAAGGCCUUCCUGGCCUCCCCCGAGCACGUGAACCGCCCCAUCAAUGGCAAUGGGAAACAGUGAGGCUGGUGGCCCCAGGAGGCCACGGGGUGGGGGCGGGCGCCGCCUCCCUUUUCCCGGGACCAAUAAAAGUUCCAAGACCGUGAGCAGUGAGCUUCCUGGGAAGGGGCUCUGAGACCCUCAGGCUCGGGGGAGAGCCUGGGCAGCCGACCAGGGUACUGGCAUCCUAAAGUACUGUCGGGGUGUCUUGCUGGAGCCCUCACCCCAGUCUGUGUUAAAUGUGGUCCCUGCCCUGGAGGUCCCCAGUGGGGAGCGCGGAAGGGCUGCCUCAUGUAGCGUGCUGGUUCCUGCAGCCCGCCUGCCCAGGGCCUUGGGCCAGGACAGCAGGGUCAGAGGGCCCUGCUGAGGAGGGGCAUGGGGGUUGGUCACUUCUGUGCAGGCAGGUGUCUGGUGGAGGGGCAGCACCACCUUGCUGGGUGCUCCCUCCUCUUCUCACCAGAUGGCUGAGGGCUGGCGGCUGGACAGAGAACCCCCCAGCCUUGGCCACCUGGCAGAGGGGUUUCCAUGGUGGUGAGGGACCCUGGCAAAGCAGGAACAUUGGUGUGUGAGCAGGGCUGGCCUCCCAGGGACACCCUGAGGGGAAGAACCUUGGAGGGGGGUUCCUGUAGUAUAGCUGGGGAGCAGACGCUUCUCUGGGGAGCCUUGUCAGCACCAGAACUCCUACCAGCACCCCAAAAGGGGAACCCCUCAGGAAGUGAUGUCUUGCUGAGACAACUGGUGGAUGGCUUGCUCUUCCGGGGCACAUCCCAGGAGGCCCAGAAGGAGGCAACCUGUGUGCCGCAGGGCAGUGGCAGCGAGGGAUGCCUGUGCCUGGGCUCCUCUUCAAGGCCAUCCUUGGUGGUAAAACACUCAGUUUGGUGAAAAAGUUGGCUUGAGCUUGCAAGCGAGCAUGUCAGCUAGGCAUGCCCACCCCGGCCCUGCCACGGGAGGCUCCAGGAGGCUGGCAUUGUCACAUCCUUCCCCACAGACUGAUGCCUGGCAGCCCGAAAUGCAUGUUAUACACCCAACCCACCAACUGUCACAGCCGACACUCACGUACUUAGAAUACUCACGUAAGCCAAAUCAUCUAACACAAAGUCUGUUUUUUUUUUAAGAUUUAUUUCUGCAUACAAGAGCUGGGGUACUGGCCAGAGACGCAGGGGGUGAGAGGGUCCACCAGAGACAGUGGGGAACAGAACAGGCAGGCAGACUGAAAUACACUGCUAAGGGGAGCAGCGGCAAGACAGGAGCGGUCUGCUGCGCCAUGUGGGUUUCUCCCUGGCUUGCCGGGGAUCGAACUUGUGCUGCAGAGGCUGCCAAUUGCUUCAUAGUGCAUGCUUAACCCCUUGCACCACCAGGGAGGCCCACAAAGUCUGUUUUAUAAUGAAAUCACACAGCUCUUGUAACAUUUAUUGAGGACCCAUCCUCACCACUAGCUCACCAGGGAGCACCUGUGUGAUUCACUGAAAGCCAAACUUAAAGUGAAGAGCGGAACAGUUGCUCUCAUAACCUCGGCUGUCUGGGGCUGUGCAUCACCAGAGAGGAGCAUAGGACCUAUUACUAGCAGGAAAAGAUCAGAAUUCAAAAAUCCAAAGUAAGGUUUCUCCUGAAUGAAUUGUUUCCACACUGCAGGUGUCAGUACAGCUGAUUCGCCAUGUUGAAAAAAAGUUCUG